AUGCUUGUCAUCUCUUGCUCUUCGUUAUCUUCACACUUCCGUUUUAACACGAGUAAAACAAGUGGGUCUUGUUUAUCGACAUAUCUGAAUGUCAAUGUUUCUCUGUCACUUGAGUGUUAUAGCACCACUAUUGACUUCACAGACUCUUUUAUCACCAUUUUCGAUAACUCAACAUUUUUAACUUCACAAUUGUACUUUACACGAACGACAAUAACAUUAAAGACAAGCUCUUCAAUUACUGCUUCCCUAGAAUUUGUGUCUAAAGUGUCAUAUUUUAAUGUCGAGAAUUCCUUUGUAUAUUUAACUGGAACUUCUUCAUUUGAUAACACUACAGUAACUCUAAAUGGUACAUCUCAAGUACGAAUUUACACAAUGACGUUCACAAAUAGUGGAAUAUUCUCUUUGUAUGACAAUAGCAUUGUUAUAGUGUAUCAAGCAUCAACUUUAUCUAAUAUAGGAACUCAACUUAUUAUGUUCAAUCGUUCGUUAUUCAAUACACCAACACUCGAAAUGUAUUCUGGAAGUGUAUUAAAUCAAUUUAACAAGGCGUGGUCACUAUGUAAAAACGUGACAUUAUACGGAAGCUCAGUUAUUCAAUUAAAUAACUUUUCUUGUUUGAAUGGAGAAGACACUUUUAUUGUCAAGGAGAAGUCCAAAGUUGAAUUGAGAAACACUGCCAACAUCUUCAAUUAUACCAAACAGUCGAUAUUUGGUCAAGGCGAAAUAGACUUAUAUGACAAUUCGUAUAUAUACACUUCAUCACUAAUAAAACUAUAUGAAAAUGGUCUUAUUGUUCUCAACAACAAGAGUUUCAUUAUGUUAAACGGUGAUUUAAACGUCCAAAAUGGGGGGAUUCUUCAAAUGUACAACUCAACAAGUGCUAUAGUCCAAUCAUUUACAUUGUUAAAUGGCGGUGUUCUUCGUAUAGAAACGAACACGAGCAAACCCUCUGUGAUAACUAACAAAUUUGACUGUGAAGCUUCAAUUAUAGUGACAGACAAAUCGUAUAUAGUUACGAAUGAACUAAUUAUUAAAACUCCGACAUUCAAUGUUAACACAAGAAGUAUUAAAAACGUUCCUCUCUUUCAAACUCCGUCUAUUGAUAUAAUACAAUUUGGAACCAUAACGAGUGAUAACGAAUUCGACUUCGCGUUUUCAUCCAUCCCUUUUAACUUCACUUUGAACAACGACAAAUUCACAUUUCUGCAAGACAAGAGGCUCUUGAGAUAUGGAAAAUCGACGGACAUCUUCUGUCAUUUAAAUAACUCAAUUGUAAAUAGUGAUAACUACGUCGAGCCAUAUUGUCCUUGUAAAGGAGAAAAGUGUUAUAUUACUCCACUUGAAGACAUUGCUAUAAUCACUCUGAAUGAGAUCGAUUUCAACUUUACAGAGGAGUUUAAUGAGAGUUUUGACACUAAAGUAAAGGAUGUUCUUUAUAUAGAAAACAUCAAAGUUUCAUUCCACUUGAUCAAAACUCUGGUGGUGUAUAUCAACUCCACUAAAAGCGUUAUUAUUGGGAUUUCAGACUUCACAAAACACGCGCUGAUCUAUUCAGAAAGUGGCAUUUUAUUGAAUAACACAAAUUGCACUGUUGUCGAAGCUAACAAAAAAGAAGUGAACUGUCUUCUAUUAUCUUCUUAUUGCCCAACUCUUAUCAAUUAUAACCUUGAAAGGUGCGAAGGGUGUUUAGACGAAAAUUGUCGAGUUUGUGCCAACUCAACACACCACUCUUGUGUAUUAUGUAACGACGGAUUUCUCCUUCUUAACAACUCGUGUGAAACAGCAGAGUCUCAUCACUGCAUUUUCGCUACAAAAAACUUCUGUGUGAAGUGUGAAGAAGGAUUUGCACAAGAAGAAGGGUUCUGUGUGAAAAGAAGUGACUUCUGCCAGACACAAAGCAUUUCAGAUGUAUCAAAUGAAUCGUUUUGUCUAUUAUGUGACACAACAUCACACAAAUUGUUGAUCUCUGGGACGUGUGUUGACGUUCCCAACAACUCUUUGUUGCUCAGUCAGACGCACGUUAUAGCUUGUAAGAACACCUUUGUGACAAACGGGACUUAUUGUGAGAGCUGUGCCUCAAAAUUUGUGAAUUGUGACAUUUGCGAACAAGACCGUUGUACAAAAUGUGCGGUUACUUAUCGUUUUGAGACAAACCCUUCUUUCACAUCGAAAGGAUCUCCAAUAUGUGUUUCAGACGUUCUUCUCUCGUCUAAUACAAGCAACUCGGUAUAUGAUCAAAAUGGGAUGUAUGAAGUAAAUUCGACAAAUCGGAAUUGUAUGUAUUAUAUCAAUUCCAAGUGUGUCGAAUGUUCAAGUGACUUUAUCUUGACGGUUGAAGGCAGUUGUGUUUUAGAAGCGAAUUCGACACAUUGUGCAUUGUCAAGUCCAUUUGGGUGCAUUCGAUGUGGUGAUGGGUACUUUCUCUCGCACAACAAGAACUGUGAAAUAUGUGACGGUAAUUGUUCCACAUGUCUCAACAAGACAUUUUGUCUGACUUGCGCCAAAGGAAAUUUCAUCAGUAAAAAUCGGUGUUAUUCAAAUGAAAUGUUGAAAGAGAGUUGUGAGACGUUUUCAACGACCGGUGAUGGGUGUUACUCAUGUAAAGAUUCAUUUUAUCGCAUUGGCCUUGAUUGUCAACAAUGCGACGAAAAGUGCGACUUGUGUAUUCAAGCUUCAAAGUGUUUAGUAUGCAAUGCGACAAAUUUCAAAGCGGAGGAUGGCGAGUGUUUGCCUCAGUCUUUGAUCAUUGGGUGUUCGACUGCUAUCACAACCAAUGGGUGUAGUUCAUGUCAACAAGGGUAUUACACGAUUAAAGCGAAUCAAUGUGAGCGCUGUCCGUCGACAUGUUCUCGAUGUUCUUCCUCAUCAUUAUGUUAUUCAUGUCUAUCCAAUUACGUACUUGAAAGUGGCGAAUGUGUUGAUUACAGAAAAAUAGAAAAUUGUGUCUCUGCAGAUGAUUCAAAGUGCUCCAAAUGUGCGUUUUGGCACACCCCGACAUCGACAGGAAGAAGUUGUCAAUUUACAAUACCGUGGUGGUGUAUAUUGUUACUUGUUAUAUUCAUCCUUUUAGUCGUCAUUCUAUGCACAACACUGCUCUUCUAUUCUGUGAAAAUUGCAAUACAAAAAAGGUAUAUGAAACAGAUGGAGGAAGGUCUGACAAUCUUCAAAAUGGAGCGCUCGAACAUCAAAUUCACGCGGGUCUCUGGCGAUAUUAUGUUAAGUACAACGACCAUUAACUUCAAUGAAAUUAACAGUUCGGUGCCAAUUAAUAUCGAAACGCGGCAAUUGUUCUGUGUUGGUAACAGUUCGACCAACCGCAAGAAAAUUCAAGUUGUUUUAAAAGAUUCUAAAGGCAAAUUUACACUUCGGACACUUCCGGAAGUUGUGAUAUUAAACAGGAAUGAAGCGUGUGAGUUUGAGAUCUUCAUCAAUCCACAAUACACCUGCAAAAUCGAAGACAAAAUUGUUCUAAUUUCAGUCGCUUUGUCACAUCCCUCACAAGAAAUAGUCAACACCAUUUCUAUCACAGCGGAGACAGUAAUCUCAACUCGACUCAAUCCAGAUGAUAUCAUAACAGAGAAGGUAAUUGGCGAAGGGUCGUUUGGAACGGUGUUUAAAGGGACUUUUCACUCGAACACGGUUGCGAUUAAAAAGAUUAAAGAGCGUACUAUAGACUAUGGUGCUUUAGAAGACUUUGAAGCUGAAGUGAAGAUGUUGGACAAAUUCAGGAGUGAGUAUAUCGUCUACUUCUAUGGUGCCGUCUUCUUACCUAAUAACAUCAGUUUAGUCACUGAAUAUGCCACUUAUGGGAGUUUGAACGACUUCAUGAAACAGUCCGAAACACUCGGGGAGAACCCCCCUGACAUCUCUUUAAGGAAGAAAAUCAUGGUAGACGCUUCAAAUGGUAUUAAGUACUUACACACUAAUGGGAUAUUACAUAGAGACUUAAAACCAGACAAUAUCUUAAUAGUGUCGAUUGAACAGAACAUACUCGUCAAUGGCAAAUUGACCGAUUUCGGGUCGUCCAGAAAUAUUAAUUUGUUGAUGACCAACAUGACAUUCACUAAAGGAGUGGGAACCCCAAAAUAUAUGGCACCGGAAAUUUUGAAUAAAAUGAUUUAUAACAAAGCGGCUGAUAUCUACUCAUUUGGAGUCACUAUGUUCGAAUGCUUCGCGUGGAAAGAAGCGUAUAAAGGUCUGAAAUUCAAAUUUGCUUGGAACAUCGCUGAUUUCAUCAUAAAAGGAAAAAGACUGGAAAACACUGGGAUUGAUAAAAACCUGUUUGGUAUUGUGGAAAAGUGUUGGAAACAAAAUCCACUCGACCGCCCACAAAUUCAGGAGGUGUGUAAUGAACUCCAAUAUUUAAUUUAA